CGCCUGCGUCGGGGCGACGAGGAGGAUGGUGACAGCGGGAGGAUGGAGUCAGUUUUAUCUAGGUAUGAAAACCAGAUCACUAUUUUGUCAGACUAUUUAGAAGAAUUUCCAGAAACUGAUGAGCCAGUUUGGAUUCUGGGAAGACAACACCACCUGAAAGCAGACAAAUCUAAAUUAUUGUUGGAUAUAAGUGCGCGUCUGUGGUUUACGUACAGAAGAAAAUUUUCACCUAUUGGUGGCACUGGUCCUUCAUCUGAUGCUGGCUGGGGAUGUAUGCUGCGGUGUGGACAGAUGAUGCUGGCACAAGCACUGAUCUGCAGACAUUUAGGAAGAGAUUGGCAAUGGGAAAAACACAGAAAACAACCAGAAGAAUAUCACAGAAUCUUACGAUGCUUCCUAGAUAGGAAGGAUUGCUGUUAUUCAAUCCACCAGAUGGCGCAGAUGGGUGUUGGAGAGGGGAAAUCAAUUGGAGAAUGGUUUGGACCAAAUACGGUUGCUCAAGUACUAAAGAAGCUUGCUUUAUUUGAUGAAUGGAAUUCAUUAGCAGUUUAUGUAUCUAUGGACAAUACAGUGGUCAUUGAAGACAUCAAGAAAAUGUGUUGGUCUCCUCAGAGCAGCAGCGCUGCCCACAGUAGCACACAGUUGCACAGAAGUGCUCUUGGCCGAAACAAAAACACAGCAGUGUUCUGCGCUGGCUGGAAACCUCUCCUACUUAUUAUACCUUUACGACUAGGGAUAAAUCACAUAAAUCCAGUAUAUAUUGAUGCAUUUAAAGAAUGCUUUAAGAUGCCACAGUCUUUGGGCGCUUUAGGAGGGAAACCAAAUAAUGCCUACUAUUUCAUAGGAUUUUUAGGCAAUGAGCUGAUCUAUUUGGACCCUCACACCACUCAAAGCUUUGUAGAUUCAGAAGAAAACGGCACAGUUGAUGAUCAGAGCUUCCACUGCCAGCAAGCCCCACACAGAAUGAAGAUCAUGAAUUUGGACCCUUCAGUAGCUUUAGGCUUCUUUUGCAAAGAAGAAUGUGAUUUUGAUAACUGGUGUAGUCUUGUACAAAAGGAGAUUCUAAAGCAGCAGAGCCUGCGGAUGUUUGAGUUAGUCCAGAAGCAUCCACCGCACUGGCCUCCUUUCAUACCUCCAACAAAACCAGAAGUGACGACGACAGGAGCGGAACUAAUUGAAUCUACUGACAAGCUAUUUGAAUUGGAAGAAGAAUUUGAGAUCCUGAGUGUAUGAAGGCAACUGUGGUGACUCUUCUGUGUGUUGAAUAUAUUGGUAAUAUUAUUGCAUUGACUUAUAUCAAACAGCCAUGUUAGCCCCAAAGUGCCUGAAAUUAUGGGUAACAGCACAAAAACCUAGUAGCACCCAAAACUCCAAGAGUGGCAGUUUAACAGGAGCUUCCCUGGAUGGAAAGACAGUAAAAGAUCUUGUAGUAAGACACUUUUAAAGGGAAUCUCUCUAUUGAAUAGAGUGCAUCUUACCGGAAGACCAAUGGACCUUUGAGAUCGAGGCAAAAAUCAGUAUAUCGUUGGGCUCUGUGUUUGGAGAAAGGGAUAACCCAAAUGGAUAUUUCUUGCUCUCAUAUAGUAAUGCAAUAGUUUAGUUCUUAAAGCAAAACAAUCUUGAGUUAAGGAGGAUGUUUACUUCUGUGCCCUCCUGUGGGCUGCAUCAUAGGAAAAAUACAUUGUCUUGUUUAAAAGAUCGACUGGUUCAGGAGAAAAUUGUUUCCUUGUUAAAUAUUUUAACAUGUAUUUGAGCAACCACACUUUAUUACAAAAAUGUUUCUGUAAAAGGAACUAUAUCUAAAGUGUACAUUUUGCAAUAGCCUUCCUGUUUCUGGAAGACCUCACGAGGAACAGGAGACUCAAGUAGUUGCUAUAGAUCACAACCACUGCUAUAGUAAUGUUAUAAUUUAUCUUGACCUUAAGAUUUGAAUCAUUAAAACUUAGGUUGAAUUUUCUUUCAGAGCUAAAAUGAGUCAGGAAUGGUUUAAAUGUAUCUUAUUUAUUUUAAAAUAGAUUUACACAAGUUUCUCUGUUACAGCACUUUAUCUGUGCAUCUAAUAAAUUUCUUAAGCUUUUCAUAGGUUGUAUGCUGCUAUAUUUUGUUAAUUUGUUUGUGUGGAAUAAAUACAAACCAGGUUAUCUUAAAAUUUAAUAUAUAGGUAUACACAAAUUUCUUAAUUAUUGCUUUUUGACUUGUUGCCUUUUGAAAUCUGUUUUGGUAAAAGUGCCUUAAUUCUACAGGUUUAUCAGAACAGCCUUUGCAAUUUUAUUUCUAAGGCAGAGUAUCUCUGUAGUAGGCAUUAGAAAACCAGGUAAGGAGAAUUAAAGGCAAAGAUCUCUUAAUCCAUUCUGAAGUUCUUACUAUUAAACAGUCCCCAUUAUGGUCAGCUUUGUCAUGUUUGUGUAAUGAAAAUGAAUCACAGAGUUUCAUCUUCACCAAUAAAUGACAGCAUUGAGAAAUACUGAA